AGAAUACAUUCAUGGGGAAUUUAUGUAGGAGAGGCGGGGUAGGUUGUUCAGUCAUCAGAGCUCCCCGUAAGCUUUUAAUCACUUGGCUUUUCAUGACGAGCAAAUCACUAAAUGCGUUUCCCGCCUGGAUGACGUCAGUACAAAGUUAUUUUCAUGAAUGGAAGGGGCGGUCACGAGGAAUCAGUGACGUAAGUGCUUGCGGAAACAGAGUGGAAUGUUGAUACAUUGUUGUUGUUUUGUAGUUUAGAAUUGGGAUACAUGUCGGUUCGAUUGCUGGGAGCUUUGCUCUGUGUGAAAUAUAGGCUACACCGCCCUGUAACCGACGACAACGAGAGAUUUUUGAAGUCUUUAAAUCAGCAACCACGUCCCGAGUUAUUUCUGAGGGAUUCUGUCCAGGUGAAUGCGUGCAGGGUAUGACGACUAAUUUUAAAGCAAGCAAAGCUUUAAAGUUAAAGAAGGAGGUCGGGGAGAAUGCCCCGGCCCUCAGCGAUGACGACCUGGUGGCCAUGUCCGUGCGCGAGCUCAACCAGCACCUCCGGGGGCUGACCAAGGAUGACAUGGCGCGGCUGAAGCAGAGACGGCGGACCCUGAAGAACCGCGGCUACGCCGCCAGCUGCCGCAUCAAGCGCGUGACGCAGAAGGAGGAGCUGGAGAGGCAGAAGACCGAGCUCCAGCGUGAGGUGGACAAGCUGGCCCGCGAGAACGCCAGCAUGCGGCUGGAGCUGGACGCGCUCAGGGCCAAGUAUGAGGCCCUGCAGUGCUUCGCCCGCACCGUCACCCAAGGGCCCCUCUCCGCCGGGAAGGUGGCCACCACCAGCGUCAUCACCAUCGUCAAGUCGGCCAACCGCAACGCGGGCUCCGCCCCGUUCUCCGCCCCCUCUUAGUGCUCCCGGGGGCAGGAUUCGCUGCGAGCAGGCAGAGGGUGGCCCGCCCCACGCUGAGGAGGAGCUCAGCCGUCGGGAGUCGAGCCGGGGGGGCCCGCGCCCUGCCCUACAGUCCCACGUCGAGGCAGAUUCUGCCACGUCCCAAGCUAACUAUCACCUCUCUACUUUACACUGUCUGUGUACUGUGCGAUAAAACCCCAGCACCGGCAGGGCAAGGCUGUUCUUAUAACCUCCAGCCCCCAAAACAGGGACAUUUUACAGAGUAAAGCACUUACUAAAGCAUGAACGAGUACUUCAUAUGAUCUGAGGCGACAGCACUAGUCUGAGACAGGUCUGAUACUUGUGGUAUCUGACCUUUAUGUCAGUUAUGAAAACAUACACUAUUAAAUUAUAAUGGCAAAACGAUGGUUAUUGUAAGCAAACUAGUGACAAUAAUACUAUUGACGAUAAUGACCUUACCAUGAUCGGCACAACGCUAUUGUGAAAAUCUGCAGUUUAGUUGCUUUUUUUGUUAAGUGCAGCACACUUUCUAAGAUGGCAGCCAAAGCUGAGAAGACAGCAGGCACCACAGGGCUCUCAUUAUGAGGGAUGUGGGAUGCUGUGGUAUGUGCUGUCUCUAUAGAGCUCAUUAGAAUAACAGAACAUCUACAGGAAAACGAGCCAGCUCUCUGGCUAAUUAACAAUAAUAGAUACUAAUCAUGAAUGGCACUUAACGGAUUACUGUCAAUCACAGUAUGUACAGUACAAAGAGCACUUGUUUUUUUUUUGUUUUUUUGUUUUUUUUAAGUAUGAAAUUGCAAAACUAUAGGCUGCCUGGGGCACUUUGGUGAGAUUUUAGAGCUAUAUGUCCUGUAUGAAGCUAAUAACAUUCAAUGUGAUCUAUUUUUAUAACAUAACGUGGUUUAGAGAAUACAUUUUUGAUGUGGUUUACAAGAAUGUGACGAGCUAGCUUUUAUAUGGUCUUUAUAGAUGUUUUUCAUUCUGAACGCACACUAUCAAUGCCAUUCUUUGUGGUAGGUAAUCCAUAUUGGAUAUAGAGAUAAUGGGAACCAUCAACAAAUGAAUGCAAUCUGAGUGUCCUGUAUAUUACAGAUUUAAAUGACUUUGUUUCGUUUUAACAUGAAAGAAGUUUGGAAAAAGUUCAUAACUGCAGCUUUUAGCCCAUUGGGUGGAAAAUUCCGUCCUCAGGAAACCAUUCCCAGUGCUCGGUCACCAGAAAAGUGCCACUGCCGGUGUUGGUUAAAUUCCUACAGCAUGUUGUAUAUAAUACUUUGACACGGACAUUUGGGUAAAGAGAACCCUGGCACAUUAACUUCUCCAGAAGAGAAAACCGAAAGAUAACGUGAAUCGUAGUUGAAAUGCGCACAACAUUGAUAUUGGCAAUAUUACAAAGAAAGCAGAACCGUUUAUAAAUCCACAAAUUCAACAUGUCUGCUGUGUUCUGUAAGCAGUGGGCUUAAAUCGCUCACCAGAUUUGGCACGCGCCUUAAACGCAGGUGUCGGGCUGACGAUGUCUCAUGGUUUACUGAUGCCCCGUGACAUCAGAGCAGAGAAAUGGGAGUUAUCUUGUGUCGGGGUUCUUUCUUAUCCAGGUGGACACGACUCUUACCCCCCACCCCCCACCGCUCGACCCUGCUGUAGACUAUGGGUGUGUGUGUGUGUGUGGGUCGGUGAAACUUUGCUGCUGUUUGGCCCACUGCGUUACUAAGCAAGGCCAUUGCUGUGCUCUUAUUGUCAUUUUGUGUGUUCAUAUACUACGUGUCCUAUGCAUCUUUAUUAUUUCAGUAUAUUUUGUGCUGGAUGUGAAAUGGAGUGGUCUAAUCCUGUUACCACCUCCGCUAGUAAACGCAUUGACAGAAAUGUCACUAUGUCUUUCGUAUGUAUAUCACCGGACCUGUUCACUGCGUCCAUUGUGCUGAGGGUAUAUGUUCAUUGUAGCCCAUUGAAGCCUGACAAAUACCGCUAAUAAAUUCACCUAUCCUGCUAAGAAUGAGCAUUUGGAAAUUAUUUAAUGGUUCAUGAUGAAUAUACAUUAACUAUCCUGCUCGGUUCGCUCAAUUUUCAGUUUUUAUUUUUUAUUUUUUAGAUUGAGGCCAAUUACAAUAGCAUGGUUAGAUUAUGAGAAAGGUUAGCUUCAUUUUGCCACGAAGAGUUUACACUGUGUUACGGACUGAUGGCUCUUUCUUAUAUCCGUGAUCAGACACCCAGCGGGCUCAGGGCAACACAUGCAAAGCAAGAGACCCGACUGCGCUGCAAUGCAAUUCGCACUUCUCGGAAGCAUCUGUAACGGAGCCAACAACUACUACAAGUCCUCUUCUUUUUCCCCAUGGCUGUUUAAGGCUGUCGUUGGUAUCUCGGGUUUCUUGCUUUUUCUUCAGAGCAGAAAAGCAAAUCUGGCACAGACAUAAAAGCUCAGUCGUCUCUAGGCUGUUGCGAAAAGAACCUGACCCUCCAUCCAAGAUUAAGCAUGUUACUCUUUUCGCUUAUUCAUUACCCUACUGGGGUAUGUGGGAUGUCAUGUUUGACCACAUAAUCCUGUUUUUCAUAGCGGACACCUUUAUAUCAGUGCAGCCCUUGUGGCCUUGUCCCAUUUGUAAGGUUUGUUUAUGUUUGUAGCAAUGAUUCACAGCUUUGAAUUCUCUGCAGCAUACACACACUGUAUGCAGUGUGCAUUUGUGUUCCUCUUUGCGGCAGAAAGAGCGAGCCCAUUUAUCACAACCAUAAAAAAGAAGUAUGAUAAAGGAUAUCAUCUUUCCUACUCUAUGCUUCCACCCAGUGGCACGUCUGAGGUAAAACAGCUGUGAGGAAAACUGGGUGAGGGUGCUGAUGGCAUUAAUUUUCCAGAAUGCUGAUGGUUAACAACCAGCCAAUCAUUAGGAUUAGAGAAAGUACCAUAGAGUGAACACUGUUCACAGCUGUUCACGUGGGUAAUAACUGAGUGGGGCAUCUUCUUUGACUCGACUGUGUAUUGUUUAGUGCAGAGGAACACAGGAACUGGAAACCUGAAUGAUGAUGCUGGACAGGGUGGGGUUGGCAUGCCCUGGUUUAUAAGUAUAUGUACUGUACCUUUGUGUAGUGUUCGCUCUGUAAGUCAUUGCUUAAGUUGUAAUUGGACAAAGCAAUUAAGAGAGGAUGUGGAGAUGGUCCUAUAUCUAUCCACAUUGGGUACCUUUUCAUCUUUAUACUGUGUUGUAUGUGGCCUUUUAGAGUUAGAAAUUAAAUUAUUCAGCAUCUAACAUGUAUCUAUAUUUAAAUUUUACAUUGUAUAUUUGCUCUAGUAUUUCUACUAGCUACUUGCCAUGAACGCACAAACAAAUUUGAACCCUGUGGUUCAAUUUUGCAAAUUACUUUCCUCUAAAAAAGUUUGCAACAUGUUAAGUAUGCUGCUCUAAACUUUUAUGCAGUAUGCAUCUAAAAGUCUGAAACAAUAUGUCUAUAUACAUCUACAAGAUGAAAGUUUGGUAUUGGGUUUAAGCAUCCCAUGAAGAGACUUCCAAACAGCUGAACAGUGUGAAAUUAACUUGUUCAUUUAGAGAAAAAAAAAAAUGUCAAUACAUGUAAAAAAAAUCUAGACUGGAUUUUUUAGUAGUUCUUCGAAGUGCAGAAACUUAGCUUAGGGAGUGCUCAUUAUAGCAGUUGGUCAAUGGUGAUUAACUACAGUAACAAGACAAUUUGUGAAGUGGACAAACUGUUAAAUUAGUUACUUUAUUACUCUCUGUAUAUGUAUUUGUACUUCUGUAUUUAUUUAGUUUUUGUUUAUUAUUUUAAUUAUAUAUAAAUUAUUGGAUUGUAUGCAUCUACAUUCAUUAUGGUUUGUCAGUAACUGUACCCUCAUGUACAAAAUCAUCUUCCGUUUUCCAUGCUCUGACUGAAAAUAAGGGCAUAAUUUAUUACAAAGUCUGCUGUGCCUGUUUUUGUACUUUUCAAUAAAUCAAUUUUAUCAUUAA